GCUCCCGGAAAUCAGCCCGCCGUGCGCCUGCGCGUUUUAGCCAGCGAGAGAGGAAGACUACACGCGAGAGGCUCGUGAUAGGACGCACGGGGUAAGGACUACACGUCCCAGGUGGUACACCUCCCAGAAAGGGCAUGCGCCGUCGACUUUUCAAAGGCUUUUAAAUUCGCGUGCAAAAUGGCUGCGCAGGUCGACUUGGUGCGUGUUAAAGUGGAGGAAAAGCCUAGGGACGGUGUGGAGGCGGCGAGCAAAGAGAAGAAGAAGAAGAAGAAGAAACGAGAGCACUCGCCGUGCACGGAGAAGAAUUCGAGACCGGAGAAGGAGGCGAAAAAAAUGAAGCUACAUCACCACCAUCACCAAAAUGCUCAACAACAGCGAGUACCUCAGCAGCAGCAACAGAAGACUUCUCACGGGAUAAACUUCAGCAGCAAUGAGCUAGCGCCUGUUCAGCACCGCAAUCACCACCAUCACAACAACCACCACGGCCUGAAGAAGGACGCGGCUAUGGUUUGGCCGCCUCGAAAGGCGACACCGCUGCCUCACAAACCCGCUCCAGCUCCGCUCUUCACUUUCACUCCGCUUAAAGUAGCGAAGGCCGAGAGCCACCACAGCACCAAGCCCCAGAAACACCCGGAGAAGGACCCCGUCAGGCUGAAACCUAAGAAGGAAAACGCAGAGGUUAACGUGAAAGUCGGUUCCUGUAAGAAGCAGACAGAGCCUAAUAAUGAGAAUGGAAAGCCUCAGACCUUGGAGGAGUACCUGCUGAAAAAGAAGAAGAAAAAGAAGAGGCACCGGGAAGACGAGCAGCGCAGCAAGCGAUUGCAGACGUCUGACAAGGGGAUUCAGACCGAUGACUGCUCUUCUUCCGCUGAUGGCGAGACUGUCCUCGCCAACAUCAAAGAUGAAGCACUCGAUCACGUUGGCUCGAACGAGGGUUCGGGUUCACCUUUCCUCUCGCAUCAUGAGCACUCCAUUCGCAGCUCAUACCUGAAGACAAGCUCACGUUUUAGCAGGCUCAUUCACGAGGAGGUGCAGCCCAAUGGCGGGGCAUCCAUUCUGCACGCGUAUGCUGAUGAACUCUCGCUCUUGCAGCCUGGCGAGAAGGAGAGGUUUGCGUGCGAGUUCCUCGAGAUGGCUUUUAGUGAAAUUUCCAAAGGAGCGGCACGGUAUGCACUUUCUGUGGUCCAUGGUGCUGCUGCCUACCUCCCUGACUUCUUGGAUUACUUUGCCUUCAAUUUCCCCAACACACCGGUCAAGAUGGAGAUUCUCGGAAAGAAGGACAUCGAGACCACCACUAUCUCCAAGUUUCACUCCCAGGUGAGUCGAACAUACUGCUCUGGGACAUAUCGAGCUGGCCCCAUGAGACAGAUCAGCCUGGUCGGGGCCGUGGACGAGGAAGUAGGGGAUUAUUUCCCGGAAUUCCUGGACAUGCUGGAGGAAUCGCCAUUCCUCAAGAUGACCUUACCAUGGGGCGCCCUGUCCAGUCUGAAGCUGGACUGCCGCUCGCAGAGUGACGACGGGCCCAUUAUGUGGGUUAGACCGGGAGAGCAGAUGGUUCCCACGGCUGACAUGCCCAAAUCUCCAUUUAAGAGGCGCAGGUCCAUGAACGAGAUCAAGAACCUGCACUACCUGCCGAGGACGAGCGAGCCUCGUGAGAUUCUGUUCGAGGACCGGACGAGAGCGCACGCCGAUCACGUCGGCCAGAGUUUCGACUGGCAGAGCACGGCCGCUGUGGGCGUCCUCAAAGCCGUGCAGUUUGGAGAGUGGAGUGACCGGCCGAGGAUAACCAAAGAUGUUGUGUGUUUUCAUGCAGAGGACUUUAACGACGUCGUGCAGAGGCUUCAGCUCGACCUGUACGAACCGCCUGUAUCUCAGUGUGUGCAGUGGGUGGACGAUGCGAAGUUGAACCAGCUGCGGCGCGAGGGCAUCCGGUACGCGCGCUUGCAGCUGUGCGACGAUGACAUCUAUUUCAUCCCGCGCAACGUCAUCCACCAGUUUAAGACGGUGUCGGCCGUGUGCAGCCUGGCGUGGCACAUCCGCCUCCAGCAGUACCAACCCGAAAAAGAGCCAGAGGAAGCAGGCAAACCCAGCUCGCCCAUGCCUGACCAGCAGUCGGACACGGUGCACCCACCUCAAGCGGACACUUUGCGCCCAGAGAGCGCACCUUCACUCAACACCACUUCUGAAGCUCCGACAGUUCCUCAGGCUUCCCUCCACCCAGCUCCAGGUGACUCCCUCAGCAGCAGCAGCAACCUUCACGGAUUUCUACAGGUGACUGAUGAUUAACAGGUGAUCAGUUUCACCUGUUAAUCCAUUUAACAAACUUGACUGACAUUCCAGGAACGGAUUUGGACUGUCCAACAAAAACAAGACUCUAAAAGUCUGAUGAAUAUAUAUAUAUAUAUAUAUAUAUGUAUAUGUUUUAUUUUAUUUUUCUUUUUAAAAGAAAAACAUUUUGUUUAAGAAACAACCCCUGUAAGUACUUCUUAAUUUUUUUUUUCACUCAGCCAAAAUAUUUAAUUUUAAUAAUCUUGUUUUGCUGAAUGUUCAGUAUUGUUUUAUUUCCGUUUAUAUCUGAAAUGGAGCUUCUUUCAAGAGGAAAUCUUCAUUAUCGUCUACCAAACUGUGCAUCAUGUGGAUCAGUUAAUUGGUUUUUGCAAAAAGGAAGGAGAAAAAAAAAAAAGUGCCUAUCAACAAUCAUGUCUCCUAAAGAAGAACAAUGUCCUGUUCAUUUCUGUGCAUAUUUGUUUAAAAAUUUCAAUGUAUUUUAUCCCAGUUGGAGAAUCGAUAUCCGUGAUUUACAGAGCAGGAUUGAUUCUGAAUUUGUUUUAUGAUGUCCAAAAAAUUUGUGUCCAAACGAGUAAUAAAAUAACUGUUCCCAAAGAGUUCCCAAAGGCUCUGGAAAGCUGGAUCUUGAGAUGUUUAACUGUCUAAUUUCCUAGCAAUGGCUUCUCUCUCUGGGCGUUUCUUUGAUACGAAUUUCUCAGGGUCUCUCUUCAUUGGAGUUUUUUUAUUUUAUUUUUAUUGGACAUUAUGGGUAAAUUUGUUACAGUGCCACAACUGGAUCAUGUUUAUAACAGGAAUACAUGUGUACUGCACAAGUCUUUCACUAAAGCUUCCUCUGAAUUUACUUUCAGAUGCAGAUCAUAGGCUCGAAUAUGUUUUUAUAAAAAAGAAGAAAAGAAACAUUUCUUAAGUUGGCGUGUAUUAAUUAAAUGACUCAUGUGGUAAACCAUUAAAAGGUUAAUCAGGGGUGGACAAAUCAGCAGCCCGGACACCUAGGACAAGCAGAUUUAUUCAUUCCAUGUUGGCCAUGAUGAGUUGGACAAAAUUCAGCAACCAGAACAGAAACAAAACCUACUAGUCCUUUUCAGUUUUCCAAAAAAAAAAAAAUAGUUUACUUUGGUGUGUAGGAUUUGUUUAAGCUUAACAGUGGUGCUCCAGCACACCGUACGCACUACACACACACCACACAAGACACGAUCUGGCUAACGAUAGAAAAAUUGUUUUUGUUUAUUUAUUUAUUUUUUAUGGAUGACACAAUCUUUCGGGAAUCAGGAACAUCGCUACGUAAUCAUAUUGACAGAAAAUACAGACGCGAUGACGGACAGGACAAAUCUUGACGCUCUUCAAAUACUGACUUUUCUCUCCUUUCAAUUCACUUGCGUUAGUGCUGUGAACCUCAGAUUUACAGAUUCGGAUCAGGCAAACGACGCGGUGCAAUUUCUUUUUUUCUUUUUAAAGGAAAAAAACUUUUUGCUCAAGAAACAACCCCUGUAAGCACUUUUUUUAUUAUUUAUUUUUUCACUCCACCGAAGUAUUUCAUUUUCAUCAUUAAAUAUACUAAAAUGGAUAAUCUGAUGCGGUUUGAUUUAGUAUUUUCUAGUAGAUACGUGAACAACUUUGUUCAGAACCUGUGCUAGGCCAACCGUUAAUUCAUGUGACUCGAGUGAUGGUGUUGUAGAGAGAGGCUAUAUUAAGCAUCACCAUGCUAGCGAAUUAUAUUAUAUUAUAUUAUAUUAUAUUAUAUUAUAUUAUUUACAUUAUAUUAUUAUUUGUCGGUCCUUUUUCGAAUCAAUUUGUAUUCAGUUUAUGAUCGUUCCAGAUCAUCCAAUCGUUCCAUCCCUUAUAGGUAUCAAUACACUUAGCUACCCCCUUUUUUUUAAAAAAAAAAGUCUAGUUAGUUUCCAGGUAACCAAAACAUAGGACUGGGCAGCACACUAUUCUAGCUAAUAUGGAUCUGAUUUUUCCACCCCUGCAUAUUGGAUCCUCAUUAUUGUCAGAGUGUCUCAUUCAUAUAUAUAUAUAUAAUAUAUAUCUCAACACUCAAAUUAUACAAAUGUGAACCUUUUUUAAACCUGAGCUUCCUCACUGGCUGGUAGAUUUGCCUUUUUGGUCACUGGCCAGUUUCCUGUUUGUCAGAACUGAUGGUUGCAAUUUCUUUCCCCCCAAAUCGUUUAUUUGACACGGCACUCGUUUACCUCUUUGGAAACUAGCCCGAGUUUCUAAAACGUCAUUCAUGAAGGAAAUGAUGACGAGUCUUUUAAUGACGCAACGUUUUACGAUGUACUGUUUUUACUCAUGACUGCUUCUGUUCUAAAAGCCCUCAUUUCCUAAAGUGUUUAUCUUAUUUAUGUAUGUUAUUAGGAGAUACAGGAUGUUUUUGUUUCUUCUGUGAAUUUGAAAGGUAGAACUGAACAUUUUUAGGAAGUGUAGAGAGCAAGUAGCCGGUGCUGUUUUUACCAUUUCUGUGUUGCACAUGUCGCUAAGGUCAUCAUCUAACACUGAAAUGACUUUUAUGACUGUACAGUAACCCUUUUUUGUUUGUUUGUUUGUUUUUUAAAAUGAAACCUAACUGUGUGUCAUCUGUUAACAUCCAGCUUGGAAUGUAAUUUUAUUUUUACACCAGCAAGACAAAUUGUUAAAGCUUGCUGCAUCGGUCACUUACUCAAUUUUUUGACAUUGCUAUAACUUUUUAACCUUGUCUCAUAGUCUAGGAAAUCAAAAUGUAGGUUUUCAAAAAAACACAACAGCUACAAAAAAAAAAAAAAAAAAGCGUACCUACACCUGGCUCAUGGUUGGCAUUUAAAAUUUUUUUUAAAAAUCAUGUUCUUAUAAAAAAUUUUUUAAAAAACAAGCAGGUUCCGUAUGCAAUAUGCUAAGAAGAAUAUUUCUCAGUCCCGAAUGUUCUACUGAGUGGAACGCAGGGGUCGUGAGCGUUUUAAAGUCUCCACAAUAAUGUGCUUUGUGAGCAUUGUGAUAUUGUCGAACUGAUGAUCGGUUAAACACAUGUCUUUCUCUGAUGCAGUAAUCGCCUCGUAGAUCCAAAUGAGUGCCUUUUUACACGUCUAACACUCAGCGUGUGUUCUUACUCGGAGGCGUCGGACACGGCGGCGCUGCACGGAGUCGAGUCUAGCAAUAAUUUCUCUACUCGUGAUUUAGCUAGACCUUUAGUCAAUCUGUACCAAGAGUAACUUAUUUCAUCUAAAAACAGGUGAGAAAUGUAACUGUUGGCUGUUUUUAAAACGUUUCUUUCAGGACUAUUUUUUUGUGUGUCUCGCAUGAAUUCCAGCAACGAUGCGAGUUUAAUAAUCACUUCUUAUGGUGCAUUUUCUGGAAAGAAUCAAAUUCCAACCUGGCAAUUUUAGCAGCUUGCCUUUUUUUUCUUUCUUUUUUUU